GAGCGUUCAGUUUCGCUUCAGCUAUCAACUAGUUCAAACCUUAAUUAUAGUAAUCCGAAUAUUCUGUGGGAAACCCUGAAUUCUACAGUUGGCGGCAGAGGAUAAAAUCUAGUCUGUGAAGAAAAGAUAUUGUGGAUAAAAGCGGUUGCCAGAUUGCUAUCGUGGAGCCACGGAAUCAACCAUUACCCGACCACGACGAAUCGCUGAAUUUGGUGAGAAGUGCUGGACGCAUUUAGGAAUCGUGGAUUGCGUGGUAAUAUUUCGGUCGCACCUGCUGACAUUGUUUUCAUCAAUAGCUUGGAUGCGACGGUGAUUCUAAAGGGAAUCGUUUGGCAAAGAUCGUCGUCCGGUGCUGGUGCAGUGCAACUCAGUGACGGGAGAAAUUAAGUGUAGAGCUAAAACAGAUCCGACGAUUCCUUGAUCUCAAUUCCUCGAGGCUAGUGACCGGUACCUGGCGGCCAGACAACCGACGAAUAAAAGCAUCCAUCCAGUGACCUGGGUGACGACAGACCGGUAGCUUGACCGGUAAUUGGUGAGCGUUUGGACUGCUUCGGUGAGUCAUCUUUGAAUUAACCUUUUGUGUUGAGCUGAUUUGAGUUAUUUCGGCACCUUGCAGAGACAUAUACGGAUUUUUAUCAUUAUUCUCGGUCCAUUAAUCCUUCAUAUCCGCUGAAAAUAUGUCUAACGUUAAUGUAACAACAACUAUUGAACCUUACCGUAAAGGGGCGCAAUUUGGAGAAUGGGUGGAACGGUUGGAAUUUUAUUUUUCAUUGAACAAUGUUUCGGCUGAUGCGAAAAGGGCAUGUUUUAUAACCCUCGGUGGCCCAGUUAUAUUUCAUGAGUUGAAACUCUUAUUCCCCACAAGUAAUUUGACCACUGUGUCCUAUGAAGAUAUGGUAGCCAAACUUCGUACGCGGCUUGAUAAAACUGAAUCCGAUUUAAUCCAAAGAUUGAAAUUUAAUAAUCGCAUACAACAGCCGGAUGAAACCGUUGAGGAUUUCGUACUCUCGGUGAAAUUGCAGGCGGAGUUCUGUUCCUUCGAAGGUUUUAAAGAGGUCGCCAUAAGAGAUCGCAUUUUAGCAGGUAUUCGCGAAAAAUCGCUUCGUGAGCGGCUGCUUAAUGAGGAUAAACUCACACUUGAGAAGGCUGAAAAAAUCAUUGCUACGUGGGAAAUUGCGGGGAAAAAUGCUAGAAAUUUGAGCAAUAAUGACAACGACCAAUAUGGCCGAAUUGCAUCCUUGACUCAUCCAUCUGCAAAGAUUGGAUCUAGCAUGAAAAAAUUGUUAUCGGUUUAUAAUGGAGGACGGACAUAUAAUGGCGGAGAGUUAGAUAAUUCACCUAGAGUUUCGGUGAAAGAUAGGCUUGGUCGUAGGCCAUAUUCCAAGAGGGUUGAAGACACCGCUAGAUUCAGGAGGCAGAGCUGGGGGGACGCUGGGAAGCCCCGAUCAGGAGAGUGGAGACAGAAACCAAACUAUGCAGAGAUGACGUGUAAUUUCUGUGGAGUAAAGGGACAUAUUAAGCGAAAGUGCUUCAAAUUGAAAAAUAUGAAACGCGACACGGUCAACAUGCUGAACGACUAUGAGCAGGAAGCUAGUACCAGUACGACAGGACACAUCGCAAACUUGUUAAACCGGAUGCGGACGGAGGACUCCGACAGUGACGUCGAUGACGGGGAUUCAGGUGAAUUGACUUGCAUGAUGGUGUCGUCCGUUAAUAGAAUUAGUGAUCCCUGUCUAAUUGAGUUAGUGGUUGAGGGCAAGUUUUUGAAGAUGGAAAUCGAUUGUGGUUCUUCGGUACAAACUGGAAGCGUACGCCUAAUGGCUCACCGAAAUCAGCUGAGGGUAGCUACUAGCGAGAAUUCGGCAAAGCCGAAUCUAACGAUGUUCGCGCAGAGGCCAGACGAAGAGCUGCAAAGUAGUGGCAACGACAUCGAGACCGAAGAGUGCCUAGAUUCGGUUCAGAGGUCAACCAAGGACGGAAGAAAGCGAAGACGUCCCGAAGAAUCGUUGGACUCGACGCCGAUGUUAAGGCGAUCUAAAAGGAAGCGUACGGCUAAGGUCGACGCGGAUUUUAUUUAUAAAUGA